AUGAGAGCCAUUCGCAUCCUGCAACGCGGAUACGCGACUAAGGCGCCGAAAUCCACAACCAAAGCACUUGCAAAUCAACUAAACGCCACUUCUUUAUCCCACGAGGAGCAGGAGCAGGCUCCCAGUGCACCAGAAGAACCGCCAAAAUUGCUGCCUCGCUAUGCAGCGGAAGCACGGCGUAGUUCGACGCCAAUGGCUGUUCGUAUACGUCGAAUAAAGGCAAACAGAGACCAGGUUAAGAAGAAUCUGACAGCGUCGGAAGAGGAUACCUAUGCUCGGUUGAGAAAUCUGUAUCCUGCGCGCGAGGACCUUGACAGUCCUACCCUCUGGGGUCAAGCACUGUACGAAAGAAGGUCACGCAUCAGAGGCUUGGAAGAAGUCGCGCCAGACGAUGAUAGUCCCGACGUACUCAACAUUGGAGAGGGGAUGGGAUAUGGAAGUGGACGCGUUCGUAUCAUUGGAAAACGCAUUUAUCUCCCGAAUAUCGUCAUUCAAUUCAUCCGAAACCGCACCCCCAUUGGACAACCUUAUAAUCCCUACGAAGCGACAUUCCGGAUUCCCAAGAGUCUCACCAAACACGACUUGCGCUCGUACUUGUAUUUUGUGUACGGCGUCAAGACGACCUAUAUUCGCACCGACAAUUAUAUCGGUAAAUUCAAGCGAAUAGGCAAGUCGCGGACAAAAGUACGCGAAAGAGGAGGCACCUUUAAACGUGCCGUGGUUGGUCUCGUCGACCCCUUUUAUCCUCCCCAAAUGUGGGAGGACCUGGCGAAACCGGAUCGGGUUGCGCAGAAAAAGGCCUUGGAGACUGAUUUCUAUCUCAAGGAUCGGACCAGAAUGCGCGACGAGCAGGUAGAGCUUACAAGACACCCGCGGACUGCUCUCGGAGACAAGGCAACUGUCUUCCGACCUGGACUCGCGACUUCUCGUGCCAAAAUCAUGGCAAAGGUCCUGGAGAAGCGCAAAGAGAGGGCAAAGAUUAUCCAAAAGGAGGUAGAGGAGCUCACAAAGGAGAAGAAGGGUGUCCGACUUCAACUAUGA